UCAGAGUCUUCGCAGUUGAAUCCGUAACGCCUGCAUAUUUCAUGGCUGCUCAGCAGACCCGCCAGUGGGGGGUCACUCCUGCCGUUUCUACGGCGCUCCCUUCCCCAAAGGAGCUGGCAGCCAAUGAUGCGCUGAUAGCAGAGUUGAAAAGAGAGAACAAUUUCGAAAGCGCUGAAGAGACAGAACGGAGAACCACCGUUCUUAAGUCCCUGCAAAAUGUUACGGUCGAAUUUGUUCGCCAAGUGAGCAAGCGAAAGGGUUUGCCACAAUCUGCUAUUGAGUCGUCCGGCGGUAAAAUAUUUACCUAUGGCAGCUAUCGUCUUGGGGUUUACGGACCAGGCUCGGACAUUGACACUCUAGUGGUGGUCCCAAGGCACGUUUCACGCGAUGACUUCUUCGAAUACUUUCCAUCCUUACUCGAAUCGAUGGCAUCUCCCGGAGCAAUCGAAGAGCUAACACCUGUUCCUGAUGCAUUUGUCCCCAUUAUCAAAAUGGAAUAUUCAGGGAUCAGCAUCGACCUGAUCUUUGCUAGACUAGCUGUUGCCCAGGUACCAACAGACUUGGAAUUGAAAGACAAGAGCCUCUUACGAGGCGUGGAAGAGAGAGAUCUACGUUGUCUAAAUGGUACCCGUGUCACAGACGAGAUACUAGAGCUUGUCCCACAACAGAAAACGUUCAGGCAUGCUCUGCGCGGCAUCAAGCUUUGGGCUCAACGCCGCGCGAUAUAUGCGAAUGUUAUGGGCUUUCCUGGUGGUGUUGCAUGGGCAAUGCUUGUUGCUCGCGUGUGUCAGCUAUACCCUCACGCAACUGGCUCUGUCAUUAUCGGAAAGUUCUUCCGCAUAAUGAGCAAAUGGGCGUGGCCACAGCCAGUAUUGCUCAAACCUAUUGAAGAUGGCCCGCUUCAAGUCAGAGUGUGGAAUCCAAAGGUGUAUAACGGAGACCGAUUUCAUCUCAUGCCCAUUAUAACACCAGCAUAUCCUUCAAUGUGUGCAACUCACAAUAUCACUAUGUCGACCAAGAAAAUUAUUAUCCGCGAACUCGACAGGGCUGGAGAUAUUGCCGACAAAAUACUUACCGGUCAAGUCCCCUGGAAGGAGCUUUUCGGUCGGCACACAUUCUUUACUCAAGACUACAAAUACUACCUCAGCAUUGUUGCAGCAAGCAGAAGCAAAGAAGCGCAGCUUCUAUGGUCUGGUCUAGUAGAGUCAAAAGUUAGAUUGCUUGUCGCUAGCCUGGAAACUGUGGACAGUAUAGAGCUUGCACAUCCUUUUAACAAGGGAUAUGACAGGGUUCAUCAUUGCAGUAACGAAGACGAGAUUGACAAGGUCCUCAGCGGCAACCUGCAAUUCCAGGAAAAGGAGACUCAAACAGAGUCGACCGAUCUAGCAAAUGAUCCAAGGCAUAUUGCAGCUGCCCAAGCCGGAGGCAGUGGUCUGGAGCCGUCCGUUGGAAAUCCGGAUGCGGAACGAGACGACAGCGAAAAGCAUGUGAUCUAUACUACUACCUAUUAUGUGGGCAUAGAGCUCGCUGAACAUGCCAAGAAGAGCCUCGAUAUAUCAUGGCAAACUAAAGAAUUCAAAGACAUAUGCACAAACUGGCCUCAAUAUAACCCGGACCUAAAUUCACUGAGUAUCGUUCAUACUCGCAAUUACGACCUUCCAGACGACGUCUUCUUGCAAGGAGAGAAACAUCCGAUCCGUAUCAAGAAGCCCAAGGCUGCUAAAUCAAACGGAACACUUGUCAAGAAGCGUAGUUUCGCGGCUUCUGACCUCGAGGUACGUCUAUACCUUUUAAAUUACUAACCAUAAACCGAGAGAUUUCGCAUUAAAGAUAGCGAAAAAACGACAAUUUAUGCCGCGCAUACUGAUGUUAUGAUCUAUUGCCUAGGGUCCCGCGCAAGGUCAAGCAAAGCGCCAGCACUCCACGUCCAAUCCAGCUGCCGAAAUGACGUGAACUCGAA